UUUUUUUAUGGUUUAUGCUUUCUCUCUCUACUCCUUUAUUCUUCACUAAAAUACUGCCAUUGUUAAUGCUUCUCUCCUCUCCCUACUGCCUUGACACUAUUUUUAAAGGGCAGGCCGUGCCACAGGUUCGGAUUUUCGAGUCCUUGGUGGCGGCCUGCUCAUGAUUGAACGAGAGUAAUUUUUCCUUCGCCGGAUAAAUAGGAAGAAAGCAAAGGCUAACUUCGAUUUGGCUGACUUUGAUUUUUUCUUUUUCACUGUAUAUGCUAGAUCUGGUUUUGUGAAGUUGGGUGGGUUUCCCAACUCCGGUCAGGUAGUUCAUCGGAAAAAAAAUUCCGGGAUUAGAGACACUUUUGUUGGUGUUUAACUGCUCAAGUUGCAACAAAGGUGUGGGUGAAGACAACCGGAUUUUUAUUUCCAUUUUAGGUAAGUUAUUUUGGGUAGAUAAUGAAAAUCGAUAAGGUGAACCGGUUAUAGGUCGUCAGAAAACAACAUCGACACUGAUACCAUAAAGAAAAUAGAUAAUGCAAUAAAGAAAAUAAAUAAUGCGGAAAUUGGGUUUUUUCUUGUGUCUUUCAUAUUCAUUUGACAUGAUUGGUAGGUACAUUUAUACACAAGAUUAGCUACUAAAUUAGGAAAGAAUAAUAAGAAUAAUUACAUCAAUAUUAUGAUUCCUAAACCUAUGUUACUAAAAUAUUUUUAUUCUACUUUCGUACACGGGCCAUAUCCAGUUAUCCAGCAGCAUCACCUUUUUGUUCCUUCAUAUUCACGAUGAAACCCACUCAAUACUCCCCACUUUUUCUCUAUUACUUCUCUCUUAUUAUCUUCAAAACUAACUUUCUCUCUCUAUUCCUUCUUCUUCUUCUUUGUAUUAUAUCUCUCUCUGUAGUAUGCAAUGUGCAAAUUAAUUAAUCUCUCUCUGGAUCCAUAAAUAAGCUAGCUAACCAGUCUCCAUUAAUUCAAUUCAUAAUCCAUUAUCCAUAAUCCGUUAAUCAUGGCGCAUACUUCUCUACAAGUUUGCAUGGAUUCUUCUGAUUGGCUUCAGGGUACAAUGUCGGAGGAAAUAUCAACAGGGUUAGAUUCAUUAUUAUCCUCACCGUCAGGAGGAACUACAAGCGACUGUAUGUUAGCAGCACCAUGUUCGUCCAGGACGGUACCGCCAUUAAUGGAAAGAAGGUUAAGGCCACCCCAUUACCAAAACCUAAAAUGUCCAAGGUGUGAUUCAAGUCACACCAAAUUCUGCUACUAUAACAACUAUAGUUUAUCACAGCCUAGGUACUUUUGCAAGACUUGUAGAAGGUACUGGACUAAAGGAGGAACCCUAAGGAACAUUCCAGUUGGUGGAGGUUGUAGAAAGAACAAAAAGUCGAGCUCAAAGAAGUCCAAUAAUGAACCACAAAACCAACCCAUUUACGUCCAAAACGGGCCUAUUACGGGUCUUGGAUCCCCUUUUACUUCUAAUAACCCUAUUGAUGUUCAUCCAUUAUCAUUCCCUUAUGAAGUUCAAUUUCCUCCUCAUCUUGCAAACCUAAUUGGCGCACAAAUCGGGCUUGGAGGAGGAACUUUCAUGCAGGCUGGAGGGAUGAUUAGACCAAUUGAUUUCAUGGAUAGUAAGUAUGAAGGUACCGGUUUUGUUGGAGGAAAUAGAGGGCAUGAUUUCAUGGGAAAUGGUAAUACUAAUAAUGGAAGUGAACAUGUUCGUUUUUUAGGUGGAAUUGGAGCUGGUUAUAAUACUGCUAAUUUUGGCACUAUUUAUUCUUCUAAUUCCCCAUUUGGAUUGGCAUCUACUAAUAAUAUUCAUGAUUAUGAAAAUUCAGGAAUUAGCGUUAUGGAUGAGAGGCUAUUGCUCCCAUAUGAUGGUAACAAUCAUGAUCAUCAUGAAAGUGGAGUAGAUGUGAAGCCUAACCCUAAGCUUUUAUCCCUUGAAUGGCGGCAAGACCAAGGUACCGGUUGUGCUACUACUUAUCACAAUGUUGAGAAGAACACAUCUUUUGAGUACGACUGGUCUUAACUCUUGGAAUGGCUUAAACCCAUUAGUCUAAAUUAAACUCAUGUAUACUUAACUAUUACACACUAUAUAAAUUAUAUUAAACAGUUAAUCCAUAUAUAGCUCCUUAAUCCAAUUCCAAGAUCGAGUAUUUUGAAAUUUGUUUUGAGUUCUUUGAAGUAAUUUAAAGCCGUAUUAGUAUAUGAGCUAAUUAAGGUAAUGAAGUGCAUCUAAGGAAGGUGGGUUAUUAUAUUGCAUGCAAGAUCUCCAAUUAAUUAGAAUGGCAAUUAAAAAAACAUGAUGAUGAUGAUGAUGAUAAUAAUAGUGUGAAUGGGAGCUUGUUUAAGUCAAAAAGGGAGUACAUAAUAUAAUAGCAUGCCUAACUAAGUGGAGUAUUAUGAGUUCUUGUAUUUUUGCUUUCAUUCGAUUUACUCUUACAUAUAUACGCUUGUGUUAGUGCUUUCUAAUUAUUAAUUAAUACACAAAUUUCAUGCAUGAAAGUUGUUUAUUAUUAUGUAGUGCUUCACAUUUGACAACAGAUAUUUGGUAUAUGUGUAUAUUUGGA